AUGUCAUUUAGUGACGUCAUGCCCAAGCAGAAGAGAUAAAGCAGUAAAAAAACUGAAACUGUGUUUUCUAUUAUAUUGAUAUUUGUGCAUUACAAUCUUAAAGCUUUAAAAAUGUCGUAUGCAUACCUUUUCAAGUAUAUCAUUAUUGGAGAUACAGGUGUUGGAAAAUCUUGCCUUCUAUUGCAAUUCACAGACAAAAGAUUUCAACCAGUUCAUGAUUUAACAAUAGGAGUAGAAUUUGGUGCCCGUAUGAUUACUAUUGACUGUAAACAAAUAAAAUUGCAAAUUUGGGAUACGGCUGGACAAGAAGCAUUCCGUUCUAUUACACGGUCUUAUUAUCGUGGUGCAGCAGGAGCAUUAUUGGUAUAUGACAUUACACGCAGAGAAACGUUUAAUCAUCUUACAACGUGGCUGGAAGAUGCUAGGCAACAUUCGAAUUCAAAUAUGGUGAUCAUGUUAAUUGGUAAUAAAAGUGAUCUUGAUUCACGAAGAGAAGUAAAAAGGGAAGAAGGAGAAGCAUUUGCCAGAGAACAUGGACUUGUUUUCAUGGAAACAAGUGCAAAGACAGCAGCAAAUGUUGAAGAAGCAUUCAUUAACACAGCAAAAGAAAUAUAUGAAAAAAUACAGGAGGGUGUAUUUGAUAUCAAUAAUGAGGCAAAUGGCAUUAAAAUUGGACCACAACAUUCUCCAACAAGUCCUAGUGGAUUAGCAGGUACCGGAGGACAAGGAAAUGCACAGGGCGGUGGGUGCUGCUAGGGGCUGGGGGUUGCCUGCCCACCGCUACAUCCUUCUCCGAUCUGAAUCGAUCCUUUUACUCCUGCUCCUCGUUUUAAUCUCAACCACCGACUUUGUACAUUUAAUUUUGCGCGCGUCGCAUCUUGAGGUAACGAGUGACACAAUUGGUGUAUUUAUUAUUUAAAAAAUAUUAUAUACAUGAUGAUAGGAGUAUUAUAUGGCAAAAGUGUUAUACGUCAUUAGAAUCAUAAAAUAUAAUAAAAUCUUGAUUUACAGAUCGUCAUGUCAGUUUGUAUCAUCUCAAUAUUAUUUAGUAUAUUCUGUAUGUGUGUUGUUAUAUAUAUGAGAUAUAUACGUAUAUAUAAAUGCAUACAAUUCUUAUUUUUAGAUUUACAUAACAUCAUUUUUUAUUUUUAUUGUUAUUUAAAAGUUUAUGUAACACUUUAAUGAAGUUCCCUCUCUCGAAGUUAUGUAUGUAUUUUAUUUAUGCCAAUAAUAUUUUGAUUUUUUUAAUUAUUGAGGAAUGAAAACAUCUAUAUCACUAAAUUUAUUUAAGUAUUAUCACUUUAUGCUUAUCGCUAUAGAAUGCGAUAUACUUCUAUCUGUAAAAUAUGGGAAUUAAAUAUAUUUGUCAUGUUGAGAUAUUGGACAUAUUAUUGAAGAUGUAAAUGUCUCUAUCAUUGAUGAGUAAAGGAGGAUGGCAAGGCGGAAGGGAUAGGCAUUUCUAUUCCAUACUUAACAUUUAUUUACUGUCAUGUAAUAUAUGUGAUGUGCUUUAAUAUUAAAAAUUUAAUUUACUUAAUCGUAUAUCGUGGAUUGGAAUAACCAAGUUUAAUUGGCUUUGAACGGAAAUACAAAAUUACACUUGGCUACCUAAGGCGACACUAUGUAUACGUAUGUAUUGAUGUAUAAGAUGACGAAUAUAUAACAUAUGUAAUCAAUUACAUCAAGAGGCCUAUGUAACCAAA